AUGUUUUACUAUUCAACAGCAGAAGCUAUUAAAAUCAUUACAAGGAUUUCUGAAAUACAAGCGUUAAUAUUAAGUAGUCAAUUAUAAGAGAUGCUAAAGAGUUUGAAUUUUCAAGAUGAUUCACAAGCGAUGAACAACAACAACAGACACAUCAGGAUUGUUUAUCAUCGAAGUGAACCCUUUUACGUCUUUAAACAACCGAAGAAAAUUACGGCGGUGUUUCCAAUGAAUUUUAGAGACGAUUCGGAUGUGGUAUAUAGUACAUGAUAAGAAAAGGAACUAGUGGAAGUGGGUAGCCAAAAGGAAAUGGGAAAGGCACCACAAUGUAGUUGGUCACCAGUACCUCCUUUCCAACUUAGACGAGAACCGGUCCAAGACUUGACCACUAAUUCUGGUUUUGUCUCUUUUGAUAUUACUUCACGGCACGUUGAAGGAAAGAGAGUACUAGACACAACGGUUUGGAACUUACUUAAUUUUUACGCAUACGUUGAAUACCAUAUUAAGUGUUCGAGAGGGUAUAUUCAGAGAAGGAUGCGAAAAGGAAUGGAUAGCUUGGUGAAGCUGCUAAAUAACACAAGCCUGGAAGAAGUUCCUCAAAAGUAAAAUGGAAGAUGCAAAUACUUUAUUAAGAAGCUUGUGAAGGUUCAAAAAGGCAAACUGAUGAUGAAACAGAGAUGCAAGGAAAUGACAAGGAAGGUGAAGAUAAGUAGAUUCCGGAUAAAGAUUAACGGAUGUGCUCGUUUUCGAUUCAAUCAACGGUGGAUAUCUCUCCCCAAGUUCUCUUCUAACCCCUCAGAUAAAUCAUACACAAAAUUGGACUAA